AUGAAUAUGGGCUUUUUCAUUCGGGAUCUUCAUCGACAGAUCGAACGUCUUUAUCAAGAACAGUUUGGGCAGUAUCAUGGACAAUCAUUGCUUCUCUAUCGUGGACAAGGGCUUUCCUAUCGUGAUUUCGAAAAACUUAAAAAAGCUGAGGGUGGUCUUUUAUCAUUUAACUGUUUUCUCUCUACCAGCAAACAAAGAGGAGCUUCUUUUAUGUUCGCUGAAACUAUUAUACAAAACGAUGAGAACGUCGGUAUUCUCUUCGUCAUGACGAUUGAUCCUAGUGUAACCUCAACACCAUUCGCUGAUAUUUCAAAUGAAAGUUAUUUCGAAGAGGAAGCUGAAAUUCUCUUUUCAAUGCACACAGUAUUCCGCAUAGGAGAUAUCAAGAAGCUUGAUAACAAUGAAAGACUCUUUGAAGUAUGUCUGAAAUUAACAUCGGAUGAUGAUAAAGAAUUGAAGGUCAUCACUGAUCUAUUCGAGGAAAAUCUGAAAGGUGGCACAGGAUGGGAACGACUAGGAAACCUAUUAUUCAAAGUGGGAAAAUUUGAUAAAGCAGAAGAACUCUAUCAUACUUUGGUACAACAAGCAACAACACAAAAUGAUGCAGCAUUCUAUUAUGAUCAUUUAGGAGCCAUGCAAACCUAUAAAAAUAAUUACUUGGAGGCUAUUAGAAAUUUUGAAAAGUCACUUUCGAUCCGAGAGAGUAUUUCAACUGAAAAUAAUUCCGAUCUGGCUGUCACCUACAACAACAUGGGCUCGACAUAUGAAAAAAUGAAAGAUUAUUCGAAUGCAUUGCUAUUCCAUCAAAAAGCAUUAUCCAUCUGGGAGAUGCUUCUUCCUGAACAUCAAAUAGACUUAACGGCUUCUUACAAUAACAUAGGUUCUGUGUAUCAUGGAAUGAAAGAGUACCCAAAAGCACUACAAUUCUAUGAGAAAGCACUCUCUGUUGGAGAGAAAAAUCUUCCUAAAAACCAUCCGGACUUGGCUGUCACUUACAAUAAUAUCGGCUGUACGUUGGAAAAAAUGAGAGAUUAUUCAAAAGCGCAGUCCUUCUACGAAAAAGCACUUUCAAUAUGGGAGAAGACUCUUCCCAAAAAUCACCCUGAUCUCGCUACAUUACGCGCUAAUCUUGCUAGUGUUCAUGAAGCGUUGGGAAACUUUUUAGAAGCAUUCGCAUUUGCUGAAAAUGCUAUCUCCACCGAGGAGAAAAAUAUUCCUAGAAAUCCUCCUGACUAUUCUACCACCUACAAUCACACUGGAGAGUACUCACAAGCACUGUCUUCCAUGCGGACACUUCUGCAGGCCCAACAGCAGUCCCUUUCUGCCAACCAUCCUGAUCAACAACAGAUACGUGAAUGCAUGGAAAUUAUGAAGUUACUGGAAUUCGAUGAAUGCGAAGAAAAGCAGAAAUGA